AUGGAGAACCAUACAGUUGUGAUACAGUUCAUCCUGCUGGGACUGACCAGUGACCCAGCCCUGCAGAUCCCACUCUUUGUAAUUUUCCUCUUGAUCUACAUCAUCACACUCCUUGGGAACCUAGGGAUGAUCCUCCUGAUUCUCUUGGACUCUCGCCUCCACACGCCCAUGUACAUUUUUCUUGGCAAUCUCUCUCUGGUGGAUUUUUGUUAUUCUUCAGCUGUCACUCCUAAGGUCAUGGCUGAGUUACUUAGAGGAGACAAAAUCAUGACCUACAAUCUUUGUGCCACCCAGAUGUUUUUCUUUACAGCCUUUGCUACUGUAGAAAAUUUCCUCUUGGCCUCAAUGGCUUAUGAUCGCUAUGCAGCUGUGUGUAAGCCCCUCCAUUACACCACCACCAUGACAGCUAGUGUGUGUGCAUGUCUGGUCAUAAGCUGCUAUGUUGGUGGUUUUCUGAGUGCUGCUAUUUACACUGGCAAUACUUUUCUUCUUUCCUACUGUCAAUCUAAUGUGGUCCAUCAUUUUUUCUGUGAUAUUCCAGCAGUCAUGUUUGUAUCCUGCUCAGAUAGACAUAUCAAUGAUUUGGUUCUUCUUUAUGUGGCCAGUUUCAAUAUCUUUUUUGCACUAGUAAUAAUUUUAAUAUCCUAUAUAAUUAUUUUUGCUACUAUUCUAAAGAUGCACUCAGGUGCAGGACAUCGGAAGGCUGUGUCCACCUGCGCCUCCCACUUCACUGCAGUCUCCAUUUUCUAUGGGACGAUCAUCUUUAUGUACUUACAGCCCAGCUCCAGUCAUUCUAUGGACACUGACAAAAUCUCGUCAGUCUUUUAUACUAUGAUCAUCCCCAUGCUGAAUCCUGUGGUGUAUAGUCUGAGGAAUAAGGAAGUUAAAUGUGCAUUCACAAAGACAUUUUUCAAGGUAAAAUGA